UUUUUUUUUUUUUUUUUACAAAUAAAUAAGUAAACAGCGAAACGUGAUAAUUAUGUGACGAUUUUUAAUUCUUCCCUCAGCAUUAGAUUUCAUUUUAAUCAAUGACUUCCAAUUCGGAGAUUUUCUACGUUUUACAUUGGCAUGUAUCGUGACUUUUGUGAUUCUAAUGACUAAGACCGGUUUGUUUAGGAAGAGAAGAAGCUAAAAACUUGGCCUUCGUAUGACUGGACCCGCGAUUUGAUUCACUGGACGCUUGACUUUCAGAAACUGUGCCAGGAAAAUAGCGCGUAGCUAUUUUACGAGGCACCUUGAGCACGUAACACAGAAUUUCAUUUCGGAGCCGAGUUCUCUAUUUAUUAUGCGAUGUCAUCGCGUGUCAAGCAUUAUUAGGUGCAACGAAAAGUUGACUCGUGUACGGAAUCGACGCGAGAAAAGUCAAAGUUCGAUCGUACGAUUCCUCUUGGAGAUUAUUGAUCUAUAUGUCUUAUUAUUUAUACAUACGUACAUAUUAAUUAAGGGACAACUGUUUUUACAUAAUCCUCGAUUAUGUCUUUACUAUCGUUGGCAUAUGAUAAUUAACGAAUUAGACUUUUUAUACGAAAUAAAAAGAUAACUCGAAAGGAUAAUUACGAGUGUUUCCUCGUUAGACAUACAUGUUUCCAAAUCGAUCAUCGUUGUUUUCACGAACACGUAUUGGAAACGAGCGAUGUCUUUUCUAAUUUAAAAGUAAAAAAGAAAAAAAAAACGAAAAGAGAAAAAAGAAAAAGAAGAAGAAGAAGAAGAAUAGAAUGUUCAACAUUAAUCAAAGAGUGGCGUUAUACGAAACCUAAACUUUUUUAAACGGUAGACUCAUCGAACAACGUGUCGAGAAAAGGCGAGACGAUCGAAGGAGGAUCCGCGAUCUUUCGACGUGCCGUAGCAGCAUCGGAGGUAGGCACGAUUUUCGAAUGCCGCCUUAAUGCGUUCGACACUUGCACAACAGACGCGCGAAAAUAGCCGCGGGAGAGGGGCUGCUACGACGGCAAAGGAUGAAGAAAAAAAAACGAGAGGAGGAGACAGAGACAGAGAGAGAGAGAGAGAGAGAGAAAGUAAAAAAAAGCGUGUCUUAGAAGCGAAGAAGGAAGAUAAGAUAGGAAAAGUUCGACUCACCUAUAUGAUAAUAAUCUCUCUUUUCUUUUUAUUUAUUUAUGUUUUCUUUUUUUUUCCUUUGAAGCACUCACUUCGAUGCACUUUUCUUUUUCAAAUUUUAUCAACUUCUUUUUUUUCCUCUCUUUCGUUCGUUAAGGAUUAAGAAAUUUCUUUCGCGUUUCGUUAAUCGGAGAAUCGUUUCUCAAGGAAAAUAAUGAAAAAUGAUUAUAGAUGGAUAUGGAGAUGGAAUGAAAAAGAGGAAAGGGAGAAAGAACGAGAGAAAGAGAAAAAGAUCACUCUACGGACGAUCGAUCGGAUUUAUCGUUCGGCGCUUUGCGCUCGGAAUCCCCGAAUAAAUUCACCGAGGUGGUAAGGAAGCCAGCCGGCGGCUAUCUCGAGACUGCUACCAAUGCCAGAGCAGUAAGACGUCGAGACGCCCUCCACGCUUCUCUGCUACCUCUUCUUCUUCUUCUUCUUCUGCUUCUUCUUCUUCUUCUUCUUCUUCUUCUUCUUCUUCUUCUUCUUCUUCUUCUUCUUCUUCUUCUUCUAUCUCAGCUUCGUCGUCAUCCUCUUCAACGUUGCAGCUUUUGUCGUUGUCGUUGUCGUCGUCGCCGUCGGCCUCUUCUUCAACUCUCUCUCUCUCUCUCUCUCUCUCUCAUCUUCAAAGUGUCGCUCUCAAACUCCCUGAAGGAUUCUCUCGAUACGCAUCCUUUUCCUCUUUUCAACGAUCGAACGAAUUUCCAACUCGAAUGUAUUAUAUUUACGAUCUAAUAAAAUUACAUUCGUCUAUGUCGAAUGUAAUUUCAAGCAGCUUGGUAGUUAGCCAUUUGAUUAAUGUGUAUCUCGGAAUAACCAUUUUCGUAACAAACUUACGAGAGAACGUCAAACUUUGUGUCAUGUACAAAGUGUCAAUGUGAAAACAAUCUCUUUAAAUAAUCUUUCGAUGAAUGUAAUUAAUUAGAAAGAUCUUUCUUGAAGGAUCCAUAAUCGAACGAAACGUUAUGGUUAUUUGACCGAACGAUAAAGAUGGUACGGUUGUACCUUAGCUGGUUCUAAUAAUAAUCAAUGCUCCCGUGUCUCCAGGGAUUUCACUUCGACGCUGCACCGAUACAUACGUUGUAUUUCGCUAUGCCUUCUCCCGAGCCAUAAUUUCUCUCCGGUACUGACCAUCCGUGACUUCUCCUUUUUCAAGCGUGUAGCCGAGUUUCGCCAGGCGCCGAUGGUACUUCGACGGAUCGUCUUCUCGGAGAAUCUAUUUGUGUGCAGAUUCAAUUUUAAUACAUACAUACAUACAUAUAUAAUCUAUAAGAAGAACAUUUCCUUCGACUUCUCUUCCUCUGUAUAGAUUAUACACAUUCCUAAAUCUUAUUCAUGUACGAUUUAGGAUCACUUUACGAGUGUGACUAUGUAUAUAAUACAAAAUCAAAUCGACUCCCUUGCAAAAAUAAUUUCUACGUGUCUAUGUAUCUAUGCAGUACAUAUUUCAACGUUAGAAAUUGAUCUAACAUCUUAGGAAUCAACAAAUUUCACGGUGCAUUCGAAUGCGUCUGUCAAAUCGAUUGAACGUGAACGACGCUUUGUUUAUCACCGUCUGCCAUACGUUUCAAGAUUGUUCGGUUAAAUUGGAAUUUCAUUGGUUGAAAUGUUUACACGUGCAAUUACGUUAAUUGCAUAAAAAUAAUUAAUGAAGUAAAUGAAGCGAAGAUAAUAAUUAAUUAAAAUGACGGAUGAUAAUCCAUUUGGUUGCGAGAACGUCGAACUCGCUUUUCCUUAGAACUAGUAAAUAUAUAUAUAUAUACCUCGAGGUACAACAGUGGUAGUCGCAUUAGCGAGGGUGGCUUAAUGCAUCUCUUUCACCUCUACCCGUUGACUAUACGGCUAAUUGUAAGUACGAUAGCUCGGUGUAUGACAUUUAUACGUAAUAUUCGACUAAUUGAGGCCGACGCGUGUACUUGGCAUUGGCCCAAGUCGCCUUUGAUCGUACAUAGUGGAUCGGUCGGUAGACUCUACGAGCGAGCUGUAUAUAUAAGUACACAUGUACGGUUUGUGCGACGAAAUUAAGCGUCCUAUCCUCACUUCUUCUUUUUCUUCUUCUUCUUCCUCUUCCUCUUCUUCUUCUUUCUCUUCUUCUUCUUCUUCUUCUUCCACUCCUGUGAUUCCUGACAUUCGAGCAGUUUUCCCUCGAAAGAAUGUUUACUCGCCGAAAUGGCCUUCGUCUGCGUUAACAAAUUCUAAUUUGUUUGAUAUCAGACACCAUUUUUAAUAGGAGCUAUAAAAUAAAAGCAUAACGUUAACCUUCUUAUCGUAUAGAUCGUGACGUUCUGUCAUAUGGAAACGAUAUAGGAAACGACAAAACGCCGUCGUUUUUCAGUUUUGAAUCAAUGGCCACGAAACCGAUGAUACGAUUUGUCAACCUCUCGGAGGAAUGCAGUCAAGUUUGCUCAGAUUUGUCACGAUGAUCGCACUACUAGUUAACGUGACUUGCAUCCGGGACGAUCUUAAAAAUAGCAGAAACGUUCGAUCGAGGGAAGCCAAUCUGAUCGUUCGAAAUACGAGAAGAGAGAACUCGCAAGGGAAUACGGAUUUGAAAAUGGAAAGAGCUAGGAUCAGAGGGACUCGAGAACAAAGGCAACAUGAAGAAAAUUAUACGGAUAAAGUUAUGAACGUCAAUGAGACGACACUCUUCGAAUCGCAAUCAACUCAGAUCAGCAGACUGGCAGAGAAAUUUGCUAACGACGCUCUUAAGUCUUUGAAGAUGCGAGAAACCAUAAAUAAACUCGUGAAUAUUGACUCUUCUCGGAACAAUAAGGAUAGGUAUUCGUUAAUUUUCAUGGAAGAAGACGUCGCACGGAAAUCUAAUUUAAAACCAAAUCAUUCGAAAUCUUCGAAGCAUAAAGGUAAGAAGAAAAGAAAAUGGAAGAGGCAUAGAGGUCGACGUAAACGACUGAAGAAACAUCGAGAACCUCGAUGGUCCAAAAAGGCAUCCGCUAAGGCAGAUUACGACUCCAAAAGAAAAAAGACUCUCGUAAAAGGGAAAUCAGUUAAAGGGAAAAUAUCUAAUAUUUAUCCUAAAAAUAAUAUUAAAAAGGCAUUGGAUCAAAAAGUAUCCGAUGACGGUAAAUUCGAAAUUGAUAAUGUAACAGUCAUUAUAGAUGCAGAUGAUUACAUUGAUUUGACUCAAUCCACAAUUUCGACAGCCACAAUUGCAAAUGCAAUUACGAAAACAGAUAAUAAGAGUGAACGAGACGACGAAAAGAAAAAUAUGAUAGAUCGAUUAAUGAGGACUACUACGAAUGAUCCAAUGAAGAAAAAUUCUGGCGAUCAAGGAGCAGAAUAUGCCGAAUAUUACAACGACAUUGAUGAAUUCGAAGAGGAAAUAGAAAAAUAUCCUCGUGCUAGAUCUGUUCGUCAAAGUUAUACAAUGUCUUCUCCAUAUAACGACAAUCCAGUAUACUUUCAGUCAGAACAAUUGUCCUCGAAAAGAAAACUUCAAAAACUCAGAUCUAAUCGAAAUUUGAAUGACAAUUUCUAUACAUACAAUGAAAAUGUUCAAGAAUAUCAAACUGAAAAGGAUCCAAAAAUGGAUCAAGAAAACUUCGAUACUAAUUCAUUAAUUCCAAAAUCAAACGGAAAUCAAUACACUUUACCAUUAGAUACAGAUGAAAAAAACAUGUAUAAUAAUUAUGAAUUUAAUUUGGGAAUAUUGCAAUCGGGACAAGAACAAAACUAUCCAAAUAAUUAUGGUUCAUUGGUGCAAAAAACCGAUGAAAAAUAUCUUUAUCCCUUAAGUGAUAAUAAUCAAGAAGAUCUAAUGAACAAUCAAUUUCAAUUACAUUCCGAGGAAAUUCCUACACCUCGGAUCAAUGACAACGAAGGGAAUACGAUUGAAUUAAAGAAUCCUACAAACAUCUAUUCGGAACCAUAUGAAAAAACUUUCGUUUUACCUUCGGAACAACAACAAUUGCAUUAUAUCCCAGUGUACAAAAAUAAGGAUCAAGGAAAUCAUUUAUAUCUCGUGAAUCCUUCCAAAACUCAAACUAGAAUGUAUAAUGAAAAUAGAGCGGAUACGCUAAUGGAUAUGAACAACAAUUUGUACGAGCCUUUGCAAAAGGUAGUUGAUAUUUCGCCUAAGAAACAUGUUCAACCUGUAGAAAGAUUCUUAAAUCCCGUUUAUCUUGAUUCCGAGGGAAAUGGGGAUAAGAAAGAUGAAUCUAAGGAUGCGAUGACGUUGAACCAGCAAAUGGCUAGACGUGGACUUCAAAAGGGAGUUAAGAAUAUGAAGGAUAAAUCGAGAGUUUAUAACCAGUCACCAACUGUAAAAGAAAAAGAUAAAUUGGGAAAAGAAUUUAUAGAAAGUAAAAACGGUAUUAGAAAUCGGAAUUCCGUUGAGGAGGACGUUGCAAAUGUGCACCACGUUAAUAUCGCUGUUACCGUUAACGAAACGAAAGAAGUUGCCGAUCAGAUACUCAAUAGAAUUGUCGAUGAAUUAGAAGAAAUUAAAAUGGAUCAUUCGACAGAUAAAAAUAAUGAAGGUCUACCCUGCAAAUUGACAGGAUCAUGGGUGACAAACAAAGCUGGAGUGAGAUUAGAUAUGAAGGUUUUAAAUAAAAGUAUAAUAGUCACCUUGGCAAAUCUCAUAUCUCAACCUAUACAUGAAGGACUUCUGAACACAACGUGGAAUGUAACAGGACAUGCGCCAUUUAGACGUGGUGGACCAUUUUCCUUACUCGCUUAUAACAAUCGUACUAAAACUUUAGCAAUUUUCGUCGGUUCUUGCAAAGUAUGUCAAGGAAUUGAUACGAUUCAGGGUGUUUGGUCGGUCGCGCAUGAGCCAAGAGAUUGUCGAAAUUUUCAAAUGGCUAUUGGAAUAUUUAAUGAUAUAUUCCGAAGAACCAAACUUCUGUCAGAGAUAAAGAAAAAAAAGAAGGCUAUUCUUCAGAAUAUAAUAGGAAACAAUACUAAUACAACGUCAAAUAACGUUAAUCCGAAAAAUAAAAACUAUUCGUAAAAGAACUAUUCGUAAAAAUACGAUUAUUGUUAUAUACUAUUAUAUCAGAAAAUAUAUUGUAAAGAUUUGUAAUAAAUUGUUUAUUGGAAAAAGAAUGGACCAUUUUCUAUAUAUUCUUGAAACUUUGUUACUUUUGCAUAUUAUU